UCUCUCUAAAAUUAUUCUUCCUUCCUUCCUUUUUAUUUUUGUUUUUCACCUCUCUCUCUCUCUCUCUCUCUCUCUCUGCCUGACUCCGAGAAACCAUCAUCUCCAUUUUGUUUUUUUAAAGUAGCCAAGUUUCUCGGAGAUCGGGGCUUUUCUUCUCCUUGAUCCGUCUAAGAUUUCUUGCUUAAGAUGGAGAAUGUGAUGAUGUCAAUCGAAUAAAAUAAAUAGGUGACAAGAAAGGCAUUUUAUAUCUAGGAGUUUCAUGGGGAUUUGCUUUAGCGCUCAAGGGCAGUUCCAAUUCUCUCAAAACCAAAACUCCUCUCAGAAGAAGAAGACACCAGCACCAGGGAAAAAGUCAAAGUCAGCAGUGUAUCUAAUGAAUACGGAUUGUAAAGAGUCGUCGGUUGGUGGUAAACCGAGUCCAAGCGGUUUGCCUUUGCCUCCCAAAAACAUCAAAGAUCUCCAGUCCAAUCCUGGUUACGAGAACGUCGACAUCUUCACCUACGAGGAGAUGAAGUUAGCCACCAAGCAGUUCAGGCCUGAUUUCAUCCUCGGCGAGGGUGGUUUCGGCGUCGUCUACAAAGGUGUCGUUGAUGAGACCGUCAGGCCUGGUUACAAGUCCACCAAAGUUGCUAUCAAAGAACUUAAUCCAGAGGGGUUUCAGGGAGAUCGAGAGUGGCUGGCUGAAGUUAACUAUUUAGGACAGCUUAGUCAUCCCAACUUGGUCAAGCUUAUUGGCUACUGCUGUGAAGAUGACCACAGGUUGUUAGUCUAUGAAUACAUGUCAUUGGGAAGCCUCGAGAAACAUCUCUUUCGAAGAGUUGGAUGCACUUUGACAUGGUCCAAAAGACUGAAGAUCGCUCUACACGCAGCCAAGGGUCUCGCCUUUCUUCAUGGUGCUGAACGCUCCGUCAUCUAUCGAGAUCUCAAGACUGCCAACAUAUUGCUCGACGAGUGUUACAAUGCUAAACUCGCUGACUUUGGACUAGCGAAAGAUGGCCCCAGCGGAGAUCAAACGCAUGUGUCAACACGUGUUAUGGGCACUUACGGAUACGCCGCUCCUGAGUAUGUUAUGACUGGGCAUUUGACAUCGAGAAGUGAUGUUUAUGGAUUUGGGGUACUUCUCCUUGAGAUGCUCCUUGGGAAAAGGGCAAUGGACAAAAGCAGACCUUGCCGGGAGCAUAACUUGGUCGAGUGGGCAAGACCGCUACUCAAUCACAACAAAAAGCUUUUGAGGAUCAUAGACCCUCGAAUGGAUGGGCAGUACACCACCAAGGCGUUGAUGAAAGUAGCUGAUUUGGCAUACCAAUGCUUAAGCCAAAACCCGAAAGGAAGACCCCUCAUGAGUCAUGUAGUAGAAGUCCUCGAGACUCUCAAGGAGGACGGUAAUGCCCAAGAGGAAGUCAUGGCUAAUCUCCAUAGCAGAGGCAAGUCUGUAACUUUAUAUGAAGCAGCUCCUUGUGAUUCUUCCCAAGGCACAAGAAACGUUGAUGGACAGAGGAGGAGUGGUAGAAGCAAGAGCGAAGCUUCCGUGGAUGUUUCUGCUCUUGUUUCAGACUCGGAUCCGGAAUCUACCAAAGUUUAAGACUCAAAACAAGAAAGAUUCACAAGUGAAUUGAGGAUUUAUGAUCAAGAAAGGUAGCAGAGUUGGGUUAAGUGUAUAAAUAAGCUGAGUCUUCGUUUUGGGGAUCUUUUUUUUUUUUUUUAAUCUUUUUGGGGAUUACGAAUAUUAGUGCAAUAUGCAAUUUGAUCAACCUUUGAAAUUCAAAUGGAUUUUUUUUU